AUGCAUUUUUUGUCGAAAUUUCCCCGCUUUUCAAUUUCAAAUGUUCGUCUUUUUAGUUCCAUUCGACAGAAACAUUCUUUGGACGGAUCUGAAUCAGGUUAUCAUCAUGUUGUAUCCAAUUAUCAAAUACACACAAACUGUUAUAUCAAUUUUAUCCUUUUCUUUCAUUUGCAUGAUUGUGAACUGGCUAACGUUGUAAUUCAAAUAUAUUUUUGA